GGCCAGCCGGACACGAGAACUGUGACCGCUCCAAGCUGGCUGAGAUGAUAGACGUGACGUCACGCAAGACUAGCGACAAGCAGGGGGCGCAGGAGGAAGCGAAGCGCGUCCGCUUACGUGUCAGUGACGUCAGCUCCGAGAUCAUGCGCCUGAAGGCAGAGAACGGCGGCCUCGAGGCGCGCGUGCACGAACUGGAGCAGCAGGUGGCGCAGGAGACGAAGGUCCACCAGGGACGGCUGGCACAGAGGGACGCAGAACUGGAGGCAAUGCAGCAGAAGAUGGCAGCACAGCUGUACGAACUGAAAGAACUGAUGGACAUGAAGUUGAGACUGGAUGCGGAGAUUGCUGCUUACCGGAGACUGCUGGAGGGAGAGGAGAGCAGACUCGUUCAGCAAGCAUCAUCACAGCAGGAGCAUAUGCAGCAGGCACAGGUCACACCAGCCCGUUACCCAGGUGGCGCUGCCGGCGGCGGGAUGAAGAUUAUCUCGAGUCAGUCGAGUUCUAAGUCGUCGUUCCAAAAGUCGUCGAAGGGACCGGUGACCUUUGCAGAGGUCAGCGCAGAAGGCAAGUUCAUCACGCUCGAGAACACGAGCAAGCUGAAAGACAUCAACGUCGAGGGUUGGAAGGUUCGGCGCGUCAUUGACAACGCCGUCGAGAAGGCGUUCGUCUUUCCUCCUCACUUCAUCCUGAAGGCUGGCAGAACCGUGAAGAUCUGGGCGAACGGUGCGCGGUCCCUACCGCCCCGUUGGAACUAGUGUUGACGACAGCGA